UCUCCGUGCCUGGAUUGGAAAGUUUUUGUCUCGUGGAAUCAGGAAGUCUAGUCAACAUUAGUGUGAGCCCGUAUCUUCUGAACUACAAAAGCCAAGUGUUGCGGCGGAGGAGGGGGGGACUCUCGGGUGGUGUAAACCGUGUCGUUGCAGCUCUCUUCACACCUGGACCAUGAGGAUGACUUCUGGAUCCAGGACUCCUCCCGGUGCUGAGAAUCUGCCCUGACCUUCAAACCAGUGACUCCAGUAGGAAUGUCCUGAUGGUUAAUUGGCCUUACCAAGUUCACAGGAGACACUCCCAGCAACAUGGAGCAACAAAAAGGGCCGGGGGAUCAAAUGGGGGCCAAGGAGUCGUUGCUGACGAGUCCGGAGCACGGCCCUCCUGUGGUUCCUUCUCCUACUCUGGAGAACAUCCAGGAUGCAUAUAAAGAUGGAGAGGAGGAGGCUGCCCGGGAGCUGAUCCAACAAGCCUGCUGCGUUGAGUGCAGCGGGGGGGUACCGAACAUCGACGGGGUGAGUCUCCUGUGUGUGGCCACCCAGCACGAUGACAUGCAGAGUGUGUGUUACCUCCUGAAAGAAGCCCACGUCACUGUGCGCCAGCCCUCCAACAAUAACCCGGCCAUCCUGGCGGCGUAUUACGGACACAGUGAGCUGGUCAGAGAGCUGCUGGACUCCAUACCAGGUCCAUGUCUCAGGGGAGACUUGUUGAACUGGAUGCUGGCCACAUCCUGUCAGCAGGGUCACCUGGACGUGGUCCGGAUGCUGGUCCAAAGCUAUGGAGCUGAUGCCAAGGACUGUGCCAUCCACACGGAUGAGUUUGCUGUCAUCACCGGGCUGCCGCUGUACGCCGCUGCACAAGCAGGAAAUGAAGAGAUCGCUCACUUCCUGCUGCAGAACGGAGCCGGCUUCUCCUCGUACACCCUGAUGGACCAUCCAGCCUUCAGCCAACACCUCCUCAAACUCAAACUGCAAGAAACCACAGAGCCAGACGGAGAGCUGGCUGUCAGCGUGUGUUGGAGCGGUCUGCAGCUGCCCUGGUUGAAGCUGGUCUGGUUCAUGGACAUAUCCUCCAGGAUCACGGUCCUGGAUCUGUCGUCUAACAGCCUGGCUGCUCUCCCCUCUGUGGUGCCCUGGGGUCUGAUCCGCCUCAGCUCUCUGGACCUCUCUGAUAACCUGCUCAGUGAGCUGCCGGCUGCACACAGCUCACAGGAGGUCAUCUGCUCCAGUCUACGACAGGUCAACCUCUCUCAGAACAAACUCACUACGUUACCGCCUGGACUUCUCCACCUGACCCACAUCCAGAGACUCUCUGCUGCCAAGAACCAGCUGGCGGUCCUGUUUGACAUCCCCACUGGUACUAACUGGAUCGGCCUGCGUAAGCUGGAGGAGCUGGAUGUGUCUGAGAACUGUCUGAGCAGUCUGCCCGUGUCCGUCAUGCACUCUAUGAAAUCACUGAGCGUCCUCAACGUGUGCAGGAACACACUGAGCUGUUUCCCUGACGCCUGGGCCUGUCCACUGAAACAAUGCAAAGCUUCCUACAACGUGAUCAAAAGUCUUCCAGACACCUUCUCCAUCUUCUGGAGGACUCAGCUGCAGGAGCUGGACUUCUCUGACAACAGCCUGACCGAGCUGCCGCCGCACUUAUUUGAACUAGAGGCUCUGGUCUCUCUGAGGCUGUGUGGGAAUCAGAUUGCAACACUCCCGGCCCCGGCUAAGUGGAAGUGCUCUCAGCUCAGGACCCUCGACUUUUCCAGGAACCAGCUGGGCAAAACAGAAGAGGGGCCCAAAUCCAGGAGGCUGGCCUUCCUGACGACAUGGAACAGGAGGGACCCGGACCCAGUGUGUCCAAUAGAGUUCCCCAAGAUCUUGCGGGAUUCUCUGGAAGUCCUUUACUUGAAUGACAACCAGCUGGAGUGUGUUCCCCAAUCUGUGUGUGGUCUGCACAACCUCACCGAGCUCUACCUCUCCAAUAACCCUGGAAUCCGGGAGCUUCCAGCUGAGCUCGGUCAGCUCUCCAACCUGUGGCAGCUCGACAUCGAAGACCUCAACAUAUCAAACGUACCCCAAGAUAUCAGAAAAGAAGGUCCUGGCUCUGUCUUGGCGUUCCUCCGGGCACACCUCAGGAAAGCCGAGCCGUUCAGACUGCUGAAGAUGCUGGUGAUCGGCCCCCCCAGACAGGGGAAGACCACCCUGCUGGAGGCUCUGCAGUUUGGAAAGACUUCCCCCUUCACACCUGCAGCCGAGUGCAGCAUCUCCACUUUCACCUGGGACCUGGACAAGCCCAACGGAGGCAAAAACAGUAAGGACUCAGUGGCGUUUAACGUGUGGGACAUUGGUGGUCAGGCCAGCAUGUCCACAGUGAACCAGUGUUUCUUCACUGAUAAGGCCCUCUACCUGGUGGUCUGGAACCUGGCUCUGGGAGAGGAGGCUGUGGCCAACCUGCAGACAUGGCUGCUCAACAUCGAGGCUCGAGCUCCAAACUCUGCCGUGCGUGUAGGGACGCAUUUAGAUCUCAUCGACACCAAGUUUCGCACUGAGAGGCUGGCCACUCUAAGGGCUUAUAUACUGGCUCUGUGUCGGUCCCCAUCAGGGUCCCGGGCCUCAGGUUUCCCUGAUAUCACCUGGAAACACCUGCAUGAAGUCUCCUGUAAGACCCUGGAGGGCUUAAACGCUCUAAAGAAGCUCAUCCACCAUGUGGCGCUCUCCAUGAAGGACAUCGGCAACUCAGCUGGAGGCAGUAAACUGUGGGGCAGACUGAUCCCUCGGAGCUACUUGACCCUGCAGGAGGCCGUGAUUUCAGAGAAGAAGAGGAGAGACGCUGAGGGAGAGGUCCAGUACCUAACUGACGUCCAGCUAGACUGCAUCAUCGAACAGAACCCAGGAAGUGACAUCAGAGACUACGAGGACCUGCAAACUGCCAUCAGCUUCCUAAUAGAAACAGGGACCCUGCUGCAUUUCCCUGACACUAGCCAUGGUCUGUGCACCCUCUACUUCCUGUGUCCUGUUUGGCUGUCGGAGUGCCUGGAGAGGAUCCUGCACCUCAAGUCGUCUCGAUGUAUCGCAAGGAACGGAGUGAUCCGAACUGAAGACCUCAGGAUGCUGUUAGUAGGAACAGGCUUCACUCAGAAGACGGAGGAACAGUAUUUCCAGUUUCUGGCCAAGUUUGAGAUUGCUCUGCCCGUGGCCAGCAACAGCUACCUGCUGCCCCACCUCCUCCCCCCAAAGCCAGCCAUGGACAUCCACAGCUUCCGCCAGCAGACCAACAACACCCUGCAGCGCCUCGUCAGGAUGAGCUUCGUUCCUGCCGGGUUCUGGGAGCGCUUUAUCGCCAGGAUGCUCAUCAGCCUCACAGAAAUGGACCUGCAGUCAUUCGAGCCAAAAAGGAACGCCAGGUGCAGGCGCAGCAGGAGCUCUGUGAGCCACAGUUUUGCAGGAAACCAGCAGAGGAACCGCUGCAGCACCUUCAGAGUCCGACGCAGCAAGACCAUCUACUGGAAGGAGGGGCUGCUGGUCACUUUUGAUGGAGGUUACCUCAGCGUGGACUCGUCGGAUGUCAACUGGAAGAGGAAAAAGAGUGGAGGCAUAAAGAUCGUCUGCCAAUCAGAGACCAGAGACUUCUCCGCCAUGGCGUUUAUCACAGACCACGUCAACUCCUUGAUGGAGCAGUGGUUCCCCGCUCUGACAGCCAGCGAGAGUGACGGGAGUCUCCUCAUAGAGCAGUAUGCAGCCUGUCCUCUCUGUGCCUCUCUGGGUGAGCAGACACAGGGCGAGCAUCUGUCCGGAGAGGGAGGAGGCCCUGAAGUAGACGACAGAGGAGGAGGAGGAGGAGGAGGAGGAGGAGGGAUUCAUUACUUUAACAUGGAGGACUGUGUGCUGGCUGCAGUGGAGGAGGAGCACAUCGUCUGUCCACAGCACCCUGAGCAGCCGGUCCCUCUGCAGGAGCUGGUCCCUGAACUCUUCAUGACUGACUUCCCCUCACGGCUCUUCUUAGAGAGGGCAGAUCUGGAGUACUGUGAGGAGGAGAACAACAUCCUGGGUCAGGGCGGCAGUGGGACGGUCAUCUACAGAGCUCGAUAUCAGGAUCAGCCAGUGGCCAUCAAACGCUUCCACUUCAAGAAGUGUCAACAGCGGAGCAUCACCAGCGACACAGACACGAUGCUCAAACACCUGCAGUCUGCAAACGCCUGUCGGAGCUUCUCAGAGUUCCGCCAGGAGACGAGCAUGUUGCACUCUCUGCAGCAUCCGUGCAUCGUGUCCAUGGUGGGCAUCAGCAUCCACCCACUGUGCUUCGCCCUGCAGUUAGCCCCUCUGGGCAGCCUCAACACUGUCCUGGAGGAGAAGAACAAAAGCAGAGCCUCCAGGUACAUGCCUCUGGGUCACAUGCUCACCUUUAGAGUAGCCUAUCAGAUCGCAGCAGGACUGGCGUAUCUUCACAGGAAGCGAGUCAUCUUCUGUGACCUCAAAUCUGACAACAUCCUGGUGUGGUCUCUGGAGCUGCAGGAUCCGAUCAACAUUAAACUGUCGGACUACGGCAUCUCUCGGCAGUCCUUCCAUGAGGGGGCGUUGGGGGUCGAGGGCACGCCAGGUUAUCAAGCUCCUGAGAUCCGACCGGGCAUCGUGUAUGAUGCUAAGGUGGACAUGUUCUCCUACGGCAUGGUGCUGUACGAGCUGCUGUCAGGGCAGAGGCCCGCUCUGGGACACCACCAGCUGCAGAUCUCUAAGAAACUCUCCAAAGGCAUCCGGCCGGUGCUCGGCAGUCUAGAAGAGGUUCAGUUCACCUGCCUGCAGACCCUGUUGACUGAAUGCUGGGACACCAAGCCCGAGAAGAGGCCGGUGUCUGCGCAGUGUCUGAGACAGAUGCAGGAGCCCAGCUUCCCAUGCCUAAAGUUUGUGAUGUCAUGCGACAGCCACGCGCAGCUCUUCCUGUCUCAGCUGCAGGGAUACAGUGCUGUGUUCUGGAACGGAGACAAGCAGGAGAGGAACUACAGCGUGGUGAAUGUUGAGAAGGGCCAGGUGGAGGUGAAGAGGAUGUUGUGUCCAGGCAGCAAGAUCAGCUGUCAGAUGAAGAUGGGGAACACUCUGUGGAUGGCCACUGAGGAGCAGGACGUCUUCAUCUACAGUCUGAAGGACAUGUGUCCUCUCAGUCAGCCCCAGAAACAGUUCUCAUGCCCCGCUGUCAUCACAUGUCUGUUCCCCGUCCCAGCAAGAGACCAGAGCCUGGCCCAGGUGUUUGCUGGGAUGUCUGACGGACUGCUGGCUGUGUACAGUAUAGUGGAAGACUUACCUGUGGACGGGGAGACGUACCUGUGUUCACACACUCUCAACAAGACAGUGUUUGGUCUGAAGGACUCUGAUCCCAGGCAGAGACCCUACCCCAUCAGGAGUAUGGCUCUGGUCAGCAGCGGCUCCCAGUUGUGGUUCUCCAACGGUCCGGGUGUUCUGGUCAUCGACUGUCAGAACCUUCAGGCAGUUCGAAGGCUGGAGACCUACAGCCCAAUGUCCACCAUCAUCUCCAUGACAACCAGCUUCAGCCUCUGGGGGGAGGAGGCGGUGUGGACACUGGACGACCACACCAACACCCUGCUGCUCUAUCACGCAGCCUCCUACCAACUGUGUGCCAAGUACUGGUGUGGAGACAUUCAUCCUCUGCGGGAUAUCUUUAGCGUGCAGCGGCCUGCAGGUGUAACCAUGGUAACAGAUGUUGAGCACACAGAGCAGCGGGAGCAGCAAGACCGGACUAAUGGCGGCGACGUUUCGCUGAUCUACAGCGAGGAGGCGGGCACUCAGAUCAUCCAGCAUCAGGACUCACUGACGGACUGCUGCUCCACGUCGUCGUCCUGCUACCUGGAGCUGCCAGGCUCAGGCGGCUCCAGCUUUGCACUCAACAGUGUGGCGCCCCCUGCAGACCAGGAGGAGAAUUGCAGGGACCAGAACCAGCAGUUAUCCACCAACCCUGAAAGCAAUCGGGACUCUGCAGGGACCCUGAACACUACUACACUGCCAAAGCUACAAGCCUUCACUGUGCUGUCAGUGAAUGGCACGUUAUGGGUCCCCAGGCGUGGAGGAGACAUAAUGGUCAUUGAGAUUCAGCCCCAUGCUGACCAGCUGAGGGGGCGUGUCGUUGCCGUCCUCAGUCCACCCGGAUGUUCUUCUCUCAGGAUCCUGGAGGAGGCAGCACUGGUGGCUAAGGACACGGUCGUAUGUGGCUUUCAGAAGGAAAACACGGAGUGGUGCCUGUGUGUCUGGAGGGGCUGGGGCAGCCAUGAGCUGGAAGUCUUCUUCAAGUCGUACGAGGAGCUGGGUCGCCUGGAGACCAGCAUGAGGAGAAGAAGGUAGCUGUUGUUGCUGCAGAAUCACAGCUCUGUGGAGGAGGGCUAGCGAGGGGAGCGCUACGCCACAGACUGUUAGUGUUCAGAUAGGGAAGGGGGGGGGAGGCGGCCCAGAGCUGACAUCAGGUCAACGUAGGUGGAGGAGGAGGACAGAGGAGGAGAGGGGGUCGAAGCCUCCAGCUGUGCACAGCUGUUUGCCCACUCAACAACAGUAACAAUCAGGAGUGAAAAACAAAUAUAAAACUCAACAAGCCCCGAUGCUGAGAUCAGAGUUUCCUGAAGUGAACUCCACACACAGUUUGUCCACUUUAUUCCUGCUUACAGGUUAUUAAAGCAACAGUAUGUAACUUUUCCUCCAUGUUUUUAUUAUUUUCAAAGUCGACCACCGAGAGCCCUGGUCACCUGUUUUCAGCGCUAUGUAACUUAAGCCGCAAGUUGAAGUUAAAUUGCAUACGGCUUUACAAGCACUAGUUCACAUAGCAGCUAAAAAGAAGCCAGUUAGCUUGUCUCUAUGCUGUUUAAUAUCUGUGAUGCUGUCACUAUCUGUGACAUCGUCGUCUCAUGUUAAGCAGCUUCACUGGGUGCAGAAAGUCAUCUAAACCCUAAAUCUAUCUUAUGCCACAAAGUGAUCUCUUUCAUUAUUGAUCUUAAGUUAGCUUUACAAGUUUUGAAUCUUUUCAAACCUAUCUCAAAUAGCAUUAAAUAAAUCACCCCUUUAGCGUCGACUGUGCAUCAUGGUACCAGUUAAAUACAUACGCACAUGCAAAUAUUUAGCAAACAACAGCUUGUAGACGCUAGCAGAGUCAUAUUUGGGCAGAAUGCAGUGAUAUUACUGAACCUUGUCAGUCGACGUUGUUCUUCUCACAAAGUCUUUGCAGGCUUUUGUCUCUCUGGUUGUCAUUGAGGGAGAGGCCACAGCAUUUUUCUUUUUUUCCGACAGUGCAGUUGCACUUGCAGACCUCAAACAGGCGCUAAAGUGUACCAAUCCAAAUGCCUCCAUACUGUUGCUUUAAAGCUGGUGGGUUUUGAUAUUUGUAGUUUAUAUUUGGUCCCUGUCAGCAGUUUGGUUAUGAUCAGGUUUCAGAUGCUCCAGAUGUGAGGGAGUGCUUGUGUCUGACUCCAGCUGCUGCAGUUUACUCUUUGUUUCUGUUUCCCUUCAUUACCGAGCUGUGAGCUCUCUGGACAGGGACAUUCUUCAGGGGACGAGUAAUGACCGUUUUUAAAAGUGAAGCUGGUAAUGCUAGAGAACAGCUGUGAUUGACAGAUGGCGAUGGCUCUGACUCUUUCACACGCUCUUCAUCUCUUCUCCUGUGUGUUCCUCCCUCAUGCAUGUGAAUCUGCAUGCUCGCCUCUGCUUCCACAGAAUCCUGGAAAAACAACCGACCAACAUCUGUGUCCUGUGCAACAUUACUCGACAGAGCAGAGCAUUUAGUAAUCAAACCCUGCUGCAGGUCCUCGCUGAGGAAAGACACCAAAGCUGUGACUGGAGGUCAACAUCUCUGUGAAUAAUGAAAUAUUUUCACCCUCUCCUUCUGACUCUCACAUUCAGCAGGGAUCAGCGGGAGUGAUGAAGACAAAGUGAUAAUAAGUGAACAAUUUUGGACUCCGCUUCAUUAGUCUAGUUACUCACCAUGUUGCUCUCUCUCAGAGUGCGUGCUCAUGGAGCGGUCAAAGCCCCCCGCCGGUCAGACUGAGUUUCAAACUGAACUCUGGGACUUGUUUUAUAAGAGGAAUAUUUUUUUGUAAAUAUUGAAACCUGGGUCCUCUGUUAGAAAGGGAAACAAAAAGAUGAAAAAAUCUGAUCAUAAAUGAUUGUGAAUGAAUGAAACACUCACAAGGGGUCUGUUCUCCUCGCACGGUUUUACAUGAAUAAAUCAUUUUAUCUUUUCAGCUUCGUUGACUUGAGUUGGCUCCUAAAGUUGCCAGUAAAUACCUGUAUAUUGUCAAUAAGGCUUUUUGGUAAUGCAGAGGUUAUUUAUUUACCAGAGUGUAUAAUGAAUGUGUAGUUGUUGAGUACAUAAAGCCUGUGCAUUAUGAUACUGAAUAAAGUUCUUAUAAUACGUC